CAAACUUGGCGGCUUUUCAAUAUGAUGGACAUUAGCAGCAUGUACGGCAAUCACCAUCCACAUCAUCAGAACAGCUAUCAUGCCAACAGUGCCGCCACCGCCGCCGAUAUGGCCGCUGUAGUCUCAUCAACCGGUUACCCCAAUGCUUAUUUUCCGGCAGCUGCAGCCGCGGCCAUGCCCACGCAUCACCAUCAGACGCACCACCACCAACACCCGUUGGGUUAUGCCGGCUAUGUGACGGACGGUGUGUCGCCAAACUAUUACCCGCAACAACAACAACAACAAUUAACGCCCCCACCACCCUCGUUGCAGCAAGCACCAACGGUCCUCAAUCAAAACACCGCUAUUGGCUCGCAACUACAACAACAACAGUCGCAGGCACAGCAGCAGCAAUCGAUGUACCCGCACGCACACCUUUUCAGUCCAAGUGCCGCCGAAUAUGGCAUUACGACUUCUUCGAGUGCUGGCACGGGUCCCGCCUCGGGCACACCGUUGCACCCUUCCAGUCAUUCGCCCACAGAUUCUUACUAUGAAAGCGAUUCGGUACAUUCCUAUUAUGCAACGGCUGCAGUGGCGGCAAUACCGCCUGCCACCAACUCGCCGACGUCCGCGUCCAACGCUGUGCACGGUAAUACAACGGCGCCAAUUGAUGCGCCAAUCAUAAGCUCCGAAAAUGGCUUAAGCUACACCAAUUUGGAUUGCUUAUACAAUCAAAAUGCGCCAACGCACGUACAACAACAACAACAAAUGCAACACAACUAUGCCUCGUUGCCCGCAAAUAAUGGUGGCGGCGGUGGCGCUAAUGUGGAGGAAAAAUACGCCGCUGUGCUGCAUUCCGCAUAUGGCGGUGGCUCAGGCUUGCCAUUCGACGAACCCCUCAUGCAGCAAGCCAUGUCAGCAAGUCAACAACAAUCAGCACCUCAAAUGUGGCAUCAUCAGCACAUGGGUGGUGGGUACACAAUGGAUGCUGGCAUUCCUAUGGAGCCACUAGGCAUGCAUCCUUUAAAUAUGGCGCACAUGCAAACAGUGGCGCCACCCCAACAUCCGCAUCAGCUGCAAACACAAACACAGCAACAACAUUUGCAACAGCAUCAAGCGCAAUUACAACAACAACAUGGCUCGCCAAAUGGGCCGUGCUUAAGCUCGCGCAGCCAGCAAGUCGUCUCGCCCGACUGCACAGGAUUGCCGUCAUCGCCGGGCUCCUCAUCCAGUCAAGCCGGCUCACACAACAAAUCCCCGAAUCAAGCCAGCAACUUGCCAACGUACAAAUGGAUGCAGUUGAAGCGCAAUGUACCCAAACCACAAGCACCCAAACUACCUGCCACAAUACACGAUUAUCAGCUGAACGGGCAUCAGCUAGACAUUUGCCGCGGCAGCUUGCCCGCCGGCCAGCCGACGCAGACGGGCCUACUCUUAGCGGGUGGCAAUGGCAACACGUCGGGCCUGAGCAUUUGUGCGCCGAACAUGAGCAGUUGCAGCAUGAGUGCCACCAACAAUUCGGGACGCACCAAUUUCACCAACAAACAGCUGACCGAACUGGAGAAGGAGUUCCACUUCAAUCGCUACUUGACGCGCGCGCGACGCAUCGAAAUCGCCAACACGCUGCAGCUCAACGAGACGCAGGUGAAAAUCUGGUUCCAAAACCGCCGCAUGAAGCAGAAGAAACGGGUCAAAGAGGGUCUAAUACCGGCGGAUAUAUUGACACAACAAAGCGUCUCCACCACGACGGCCGCAACAACGAACAACAAUGCUGCCGCGCCGGGAACAGCGAAUCCCACUGCCAAUAUAAAUGUGGGCAACAAUUGCCCAAAUAGCGCCAACAGCAGCAACAACAACAACAGCGCGCAAAUGCACAAUGGUCCCGCCGUCAGUGGCAGCAGCCACAGCGCAGUUCGCUUGGGCUCGGCGAGCAUCGCCAACGGCAGAGAGGCUGUCACACACAACAACAACCUCAACAAUAACAAUGGCAAUCAGAAAAGCAACAACACAAUGCGUAACGGAGAUUGUAAUCUGACAGCGAAUAGCGAUAAUAGCCGUGAAUCGAAUUAACGCAAACGCAUUUGCACCGACAACGCCGACCUGACGCUGACCACCAUCACCUAGGUGUUCCCAUUGAUGACUCCAUUCGCUGGACAGGUGGCAGCACACCGAUCUUACGGUUAUUUCGUUAUUUUGUGGCAGCUACUAGUUAGGCAACUCGAGCGCGUGGCAAUAGCGUUUAGUUUUAUUGCCAAAUGACGGACAAACGCACCCACUACAACUACAACUACGAUUGCAACGAAAACAACGAGUAGUGUAGAAAAUGCGAAGCAACAUGUAGCAUUUGCUCAUUUGGCUGUGAUAACUGUUUAAACUAUAAAGUCAACCCAUCCUAACAAAAUAUUUAAUUAACACAUCCUCACACACACACACACACACACACACACACACAUACAGACAUGUGUACGGAUAUAUACCGAGCGCAACGCAUGCCAGUAGCUUAUACAUAGUUAUGAGUGAUUGUAUUUGCUUUCGAAACACAAACGCCGUGCAAUAAUCAAAAUUUUUACACACCACAAGUACAGUUAUACCUAGCACAGUCGCAUAGAAAAGUAUGUAAAUAAAUAAAACGAGCUGUCACCGCAAUUACCAAACUCAUGAUCGCUUGAAGUAUUGCCUUCGGUUUGAGUCAUACAUGACUGCAAGUUCUGCUAGCGACGUCGUGAGUGUCGUAAUUGGGUGCAGGUACUCGUGGAGUGUCGUAAAAUGUGCCAUAUUCGCUAAAUAUAAGGUUUGCAAACAAAUCAAACUUUUUUCUUUACAUUUUAGAUGCAAGCGUUUGCUAAUAGGUCUGAAUAUUUAUGAAACCGAGAGUUAAUUCGAAAUAAAAUUGCUCUCCUCCACCUUAGGUCGGUUUCUUUCGUUUAAAAUUAUUCGAGCUAUUAUGAUUUUCUCCAAAUGAUGGAUUAUCGAAAGAAAUAUUUUUUUUUGCUAAUGAAGCGUUUUCUUUGAAAUAUGCAAAAUUCCGUUUGAUAAUAAUUUUCGGGGAAAAUAAUACAUUUGAAUUAUAAUAUAAUCAUAUACAAUUUAAACCAGAA